CCCCGCAGUUCGAUUGGAGACACCGGCCGGCAUCGACGGCUGUUGUGGAGCUCCCUUCACUUUCGUGUUCGCGCGUGUGUUAAAGUAUCUUUAAUAAUCAUAGCUUUCUUUCUUUUGUCUUGAACAACGAUCGUGAGAUCAUUCUUGACAGGUACAACGUUUAAACGAAUGUUUCCGAUCGUUACUUUUUCGUGUUCUUUUCCUAUCAUUCUUCUCUACCUUCCUUUUCUAUCGCGGUGAAAUAUUUCUUUUACGAGUGUCUUUAAUAAGCUAUCUUAUUGAGUUUUUCUUGUAAUAUAUUAAAUUAAUCAAAUAAUCGUAAAUAUAUCGCGAAAAGUGGUGUAUAUACAGUUUAUUACUUUCUGUGAUUUCAAACGUUCGUGCCGUUGUUCGUGGCGUUGUCGAUCGUAUUGCGUAGUUCCGAUUCGUGUGACAUAACUAUGGUUUCAAGCAGUUCAAUUGUGGUCAUUGAACUAUAUGAAGAUUAAGGAAGAAUCAAUUCGAAUCGAGAAGUGUCGCUGAUCGAUCGAAACGCGAUAUCAGUGUGUUCUCUACGCGACGGUGAACUCGCGAUUAAUCGAUAGUCGAUCGAGAAGUUCGAUUUGCGAGAAAUGCGAAAGUGAACACAGUCGGGGCGAACGCGUGCAUGUACAUCGCAGGACGAUGGCUGAACUUCGUGUUUAUCGGUUUUUCGUGAUCCUUGUUCAUCUGGCAGUUGUCUUGGUGCUCGCUCAGAAUCCUAUCGAGGAGAAGACCACAUUCGAAGCUGCUUUUCAAGGAAGAUGCGGCCACGGGUCUCCCUGCGAGCAACUCUGCUACGAGCUUCACGAUGGGAUGUACGAGUGCGAUUGCAAGGACGGGUACAUCCUUCAUAAAAAUGGAUACAGCUGCGCCGAGCUGAAUUCGACAUCGCCGUCGACAGGCGAGCUCGGCGAGUUGGUGGAAGACGUGGAGAACGAUGAAUUAAACAAAGACACGGACGACGAUGAAGAUGCCGUCGAGGACAUCCUUUAUAUGCGCGGUGCAUCGUUCACGAUACACUUGGAUCCUCCGCCAGAAAAUUCCACCACGAAUUCCAGCAAAAUUAUCGAGGAAACUAGCCCACCCGUCGAUCGAGUUGAACUACGAGCCACGUCUCAAGGCCCCAAUUUGGAACAAAAGCUGCCUUCCACGAUGGAGAGCAUAGUGAGCACGGAGCCAGCGUGCUCGUUAGACUGUGGCCCAGCCGGAAACUGUUACAUCGAGCAGAGCCACGGCGACGACGUCGAUCUGAUCGACGACGACGACGACGACGACGACGACGACGACGACGACGAGACGGGGGGCGACGCCUCGAUGGCCAUGGAUCUCGAAGGGAACGACGUCGCACCGAGACGGAAGCAAGGGUCCUUCAGGCAACGGUGUCAAUGCCCCCUGGGAAGGGGUGGCGAUCGAUGCCAGCUCGAGGCCGAGGUAAGAUCGCCCAGGUUCACAGGUUCCGGUUGGCUUGCGUUUCCCGCGUUGAAGGCCGCAUACAAGCACGUCCAGUUGGAACUGGAAUUCCGUCCCGAGGCGUGGGAUGGUAUCUUGCUUCUGGCCGGGGAGAGGGACGAUCUUCAGGGUGACUUCAUGGCCUUGAUUCUGCAUCACGGAUUCAUCGAGUUCAGGUUCGAUUGUGGGAGCGGAGUCGGCACAGUGAGGAGCACGCAAACAGUGAGGUUGAACGAAUGGAACACCCUGACUGUCUACAGGCAUCGAUGGGACGCCUGGAUUCAGCUGAAUCAAGAGAAACGAGUCGAAGGAAGAUCGAAGGGCUUGUUUGCGAGAAUUACCUUCCGCGAGCCAUUAUUCGUCGGCGGACCUGGAAACACAACCGGCCUCGAGCGACUUCCGGUGAGGACCGGAUUUAAGGGUUGCGUCCGGCAUCUGGAAGCCAAUGAACACCGUUAUCGCUUCCCUCUCGCGCCACAGGGGGAUGCUGCGAACGGUUUCGACGUGGAGGAAUGCACGGCGGACAGAUGCAGCAAGGUACCCUGUUCCCAUGGCGGGAAAUGCUUGACUACCGGAGGCGACACGGCUGUAUGUCUCUGCCCCCUCGGAUACACCGGCGACUUGUGCGAGACCAGGGUCGAUUUGCAGGUACCUUCGUUCAAUGGAUCCUCUUAUCUGCGUUACCCUGGAUUGGCCGACACGUCGCUAUCCUGGCUGGAAUUGGCUGUCACGUUGAAACCAACUGUCGCAGAUGGAGUUAUACUUUACAAUGGCCAUCACAGCGACGCCACCGGCGAUUUCAUCGCGUUGUACCUGUCGUCCGGCCAUGUUCAGUUUACCUUUGACCUGGGAACAGGGCCAGCCAGUUUGAGAAGCGAGAAUCCUGUUCGUCUGGGAGAGUGGGUGGAGGUUCGGGUGUCGAGAACCGGACGUUUGGCCUCGCUCGAAGUCGAGGACGACCCCCCGCAGGAAAUCCUAGCCCCGGGCGCUUUCACACAACUGUCGUUGCCGUUAAAUCUUUACUUGGGCGGCGCGCCAUCCACUGACAUGUACUCCCCGAAGAUGAAAACGACCGCCAGCUUCGUGGGAUGCGUUCAGACGGUCAUUUUGAAUCGUCGCGAGAUCGGAAUCCUCGCCGAGGCUUUGGGCGGGGUGAACGUGGGCAAUUGCGGACACGCGUGCGAGGCGAGACCGUGCGGAGACGCGGAGUGCCGCCCGCUUCGGGACCGAUUCACGUGUCGUUGUCGACCUGGCAUGCCCCAUCCCUGUCCAGCGCCGGACGACAACACGAUUUUGGACAGCUCGCCCUCGAAAACGAACGCUGCCACGCGGUUCGAGAGAUCCGUGCCCAGUUUCUCGGGCAGCGAGAGCUAUCUCCACUACAACGACGCGGACACGAUGAAAAGGAUAAUAAGCUACAGGGUGGACAUCAAUAUGAGAUUCAGGGCGAGCAGCAGUAGCGGGCUGCUGCUUUGGAGCGGGCGACAAGCGGAUCCGCAAGAGCAAAGGGACGAGAACGACGAUUUUCUAGCCCUCGGAUUGGAUCGUGGCUAUUUGACUUUAGCUUACAAUCUUGGCUCGGGCGAGGCUGUUCUGCGGUACAAUUUAACGAGACUGGACGAUGAUCUAUGGCAUCGGGUCCGAGCAGUGAGGAACGAACAGUGGGCGUCGCUUGUCGUCGACAGCGGUACAGGCGUUUCCGCGUCGUCGCCUGGACAGCUCAGACAGUUGAACACUGACACGGGUCUUUAUGUCGGUGGCGCGCCGGAUAUCGUGAGGACAACGGGAGGAAGAUACGCAAAGGGUAUCGUGGGGUGUAUCAGCGAUCUGGUCCUGGACUCGGACUUCUCCGUGGCGUUGUCGUCACCGGGACAGGCCACCAACACGCACUCGUGCAUCCCCUGAAAGACAUCCGUGCCGUCCGACGUUAGAUGGUCAGGUCCGCGUGGACCAGCGCUUAGGAUAUGAAAAUGCGUCACGAUGAAUAGAAGCUGGCCAAGCCAGAGAGGAUCGUUGCCCAGCGUUUAAGGCUGAACCGCGGCUGCCUUGAUACGCCUUGAACGCUGAUCACGUCUACGAUUUAUACACACCGAUCAUCAUGGAUUCAUCAUUUUUGUACAGACUUUCAUCAACGAUUAAAAUUCUCCCCUUCGAAGGGAACGAUAAAAGGAAAAAGAAAAAAAAAAGAAAAAGAAAUGAAAAAUAUAUAUAUAUACAUAUAAAAAAAAGGAAAAGGCUAAGGAAAAUACAAGAGCAAAAAAAAAAGGUGAACGAAUGAGAAAAGACUAUAUAUCGUCGCGUCGAAUAAUAAAUAGACAGCUUACUGUAAAUAUUAAACGAAGGGAAAUCUAUCAGUCGCCUCACGAUGAUAUUUCCAUUCCGGUGACAACUUCCUGUCUGCACAAACACACCCUCGUGUCUCGUCGACUACUCGAUCUCGGGACGAUAUCGAGAGCUUAUUAUAUCAUUCGAUUAUUUAAAAAAAAAGAAAGAAAAAAAAGAAGAGAAAUAGAAAGAACGUUUCCAGCUUUUCCUUAUUCCCUGUGGUGUUGCGUUUCGAACGCGAAUCGAUCCAAAACGCGAAUCGAACGAUGUCGAGAUACACGAUCCGAGUUCCUGAGAAUCGUUCCUAUCGCGCGUUGGACGGAAGUUGUUACGUAAGGAACGUGUGUCUAGUCACAGCCACGGACUGUCUCCGGCCGGAUUAAGAACUCGAUGUGCAGAGCUCGUCUCGAAGACGGCUUUAUGGCCUAAUAAGAUAAGAAAAGUAGAGAAGAAGUAGGAGAAGAAGAAUAAAGAGAAGGAAAAAGAGAGAGAGAGAGCAUAACCCCUCAAAAGCGUCAAUUUCUCAAUUAAGCUCUCCGACCGGAUGCCACGCGAGAUCUUUGAAUUGCGAGGCAUUUUCGAUCCCAGCAGAUAGGAAAAUAUGAAUAUCGAGAUGAUUAUUACAAUGUGAUUCGAGAAAAAAAAUUCAAAUCGAGGGUAUCGAGGCACCUUAAAUACGUCCAACCACACUUCAUACGCGACAGAUCGAUUCUUAGAUCGUUGUCUAAGAUUUUCCACGUACAUUUCUUUUCCACGAUGGUUGCAAAAUAAAGCGGUUUAGCAACAAUUAUUUCGUUUCUCGUUCGAGCGAGCACGCCUCGAACACUCGAUAGGGAGGAUUAGAUGCAGAACAGAACGUUAAAUCAAUUACGAAAGGUACAAGAAGGACCAAAAGCAAUUAACACCUUUAAACAGGGAUGCAAAGGUAACUUGAAUUCCCGAAGAAAAUCGAGUGCUUAUACACGGUGAAAUUGUAAUGCCUCUUUAACCAAGGGGUUAUUUUAACCAAAAGGGCUAAAUUUCUUCCAUUCGUUAGCGCGUUUCCAAUUAAUUAAUAAACAUCUUGAACGAUUGUAUACCGCGGACGGAAAUAUCCAAUGGAUGAAAGCCAUUGUUAUAUUUAGAUAUUUUUCGAAAAAAGAAUAAAAUGAAACGUGGCGAGGAGGACAUAAUAAUUCAGAAAUAAUUUUCCCCGUGUAUAAUUAAGAUUUUUCGAAAUUUUCGUUGCUUUUGCAUCCGCUCGACACGCACGCGAGAUGAAGAGGAUCGGCAUCGUGCGUGCAGAGAAUCUGCACGCCCGUGUUUCACAAUAACCACACUAUGCUUCGUAAGGUACUUCCGUAGCUGGCAGUGUACGCUCCUCGACGUUUCCGCUUAAGAAGCACCGAGCUGCACAUUCUAACGGUUAAAUAUCUGUAUAAAAUGUAGCAACUUAAUUACGAAGAUGUCCCCGCAUAUUUUCUUAAAUUCAAGACAAGACUUUUCCGCACGAUCCCGAACGAACGGAUCCAACGUUGCACAAUAACCCCUUCGACAUGAUUGAAAACGAGAGAAUAGUAAAAGGAAAAUAAAAAAUAAGAAUUAAAAAUAUAAUCAGAGAUUCAAGUCACAUUUUGUUGUCGACGAUCAUUAAAUUUCGAGAAGAGGAUUGAUUGUUUUAUCGAUAACUCUACAGGUUGAAUUGAUCAGGUGCUAAAUCCUGGUCCGAUAAUCCUCGAUCAACCGUUCCUAUAUAUCUUGCUAUAUUACAAGCCCUAAAGAAACAGUAGAAUUGGCUUUUCCGUGCGAAUCGAUUUGACGGACAACGUAACAGUUCGCCAAACCGAACUUUAUUUGGUAAUAAAGUUUUACUUAAGAAGAAGUUAUAUACGUUAUAUCGGCAAAACGAUUCAGCGCAAAACUGUGUUUGUCGAUAAACGUCGAGUCUUUGUGUCGAAUGGGUUGAAGGGAAGGGAGAGUCGAUCGGGAUCAAAAGGUCAGGUCAAUACGUAUACAUGUCAUAUCUUAAUAAAAAAAAAAGAAAAAAGAAAAAAAAAGGAAACCCUAAAGAGAGGAAAUAAGGGUUAAGGAGAUAGAUGGGUAUACACUUUGAUUUCUCCGUUUUGCACGGGAAUGAUUUGAACUCAAACACAUCAUAUAAAAGCAAUCGGCUGUAGUCAAUUUUGUACGGAUGUUAUUUUUCUUGAAAUUAUAUAAUAUGAAGGAGAUGGAGAAGGGAGAGACGAAAGAAAUAUCAAAGAUGAAUGGUAGUUAUGUAGGGAAAUAUAAUAUAAUAAUAAUAAACGAUUAUUCGUGAAGUCUAGCGAUAUAAAGCACGAGGUGAAAAUAUUUUAGCCCAGCCUCUCGGGGACACACUCUUUUACUUCGUUUCUUUUCUUACUUACUUCCUUUCCUUCCCUUCUUCCUUUUCCCUCUUUCCUUCCUUCCUUCCUUCCUUCCUUUCUUCCUUCCUUCUUUCCUUCUUUCAUUUCUCUGCACAAUUUUUAAACAACGUCGGUGUAUGUGUCUGUGCGUAUAUGCGUGCGUGCGUAUAUGUGUGUGUGUGUGUGUGUGUGCGUAUCAAUCUCUGAACGAUCCUCCAAGCUUCGUAAUACGCUUGUAUAAACUUUGUUCGUGGAGAUCGUUUCGCGACGUUGCUGAAAAAAAGAAAAACAAUUUUGUACAAAAAAGAGAAAAUCUUGCGGCAAUGAGUAAAAAACUUUUGUGCCACGUGUAGAAAUUUCCAUGCGUUUUGUUAUUUUUUUUUUUUCUUUUUUCUUUUCUAAUAUUUGUGCGUCUCGCUUCCAUCCUAGUAUCCACGCUUGAAAACAAGGUUCCUCGACAAUUUUUCACUAUUAGCGUGUAACCAUGCGUAUUUUUCAUUUCUCGAUUAUUAUCAUGAUCUUUAGAUCUCCUCGUUUAAAUAUGUUUAAAGAUUUAUUUCUUUUUUCCUUUUUUUUUUUUUUAAUAAUAUCAGAUAAUUAAGAAACUUAAGGAUUAAUGUUAACAUAGCAUGUAUAAUUUGUUUUCUAUCAAUUUUAGUUAAUUCUAAUUCUUUUAAUAUAUUAUCACUUAUAAUUAUUUCCUUUUCUAUAAAUUAAUUCUGCGAUACUUUUUGUUCUUUUCGAUUAUACGCGUUUUUUUCUUCUACAUUCUUUCUAAUUUGUAAUAACUGAUAAUAUCUGUUAUUACAAUAUGUUUUAUAAAACAUGUUAUGUAAAUUAUUUUACGUUGCCUUGCGUCUUUCUAUAAUGUUGCGUUUACGCAAAUUUUAUAUAUUAUUUUAAUGAAUUUGGCCUUUAUUAGGAAUCAUUGAGUAAAUUAACUCUUAAACCGUUUUACUUGUAUCGAUAAAUUGUAGCGUAUCAGAUUCUAUUUAUUGUACGUUGGGUGGAUACAUUAGAUUGUUUCAUAAUGUUUAAUAUUUAAAAGUUUUAAUAAACGGAACUGAAAAUGAAUAUAUUACGUUUACUAUUUUCCUUUGACCAAGUGUAAGAUAUAAUCUGUUUGAUCGUGAAACGAAGAAGAUUUUUGUGAGACAAUCUAAUGAUAGAACCAGAAAAGUUUAUGCUAUAAUGGUGUUUUCUUCGAGAUAUUUAUAUACUCAAACGUUAGUAAAUUUCUUAGAUAACUUUAACGAACUUAUAAAUCUUUGUCCCUUAAUGUUAUAAAUCUUACGAUUUUCAUUGAUCCUUCUAAAGAAUCAAAGGGAAAAGUAAAAGUGUUUCUUUUUUCUUUUUUCCUCUCUUUCUCUCGUAAUAUUCUCUGUAUCGUUUUGUACAAUAUCUGUCCCAUAUUUUGAUAUAUUUAUAUAGAAACAAGAUGCUUAAAUUAAUAAGUGAAUAAAAAAACGUAUCGUUACAUAAAAUUAUAAUGUUAUAUAAAUAUAUCGUUAUUUUUAUCGUUCGUAUCUUCAUUUUUAGAUCAUUUCAAAGGAAAUUAAUAUUUUAUUUCUACGAUAGAAUACGCAUACGUUGUGAAACGACCAGACGAUGGUUGUAUGAGUCAACAGGUCGUACAAAAUGCCUGAUAUAAUUCAAUAAUGAGGAUUAUAUAGUAUAUUCGAAUAAGGCUGAAGUGAAAAUCGUACUUACAUCAUACUAAAUUUGAAUGUAAGAAGAUUAAAAAAAGAAAAAAAAGAAGAAAAAAAGAAAAAAAAAAGAAGGAAAGAUCGCUGGAUAUCACACCUCAAACAAAGCGAGAAGAAAAAGAACGCUAUUAUUAAAAACAAAAAAAAUAUCAUAUACAUAUUAAUAUAUAAUAGAUAUUAUAUUAUUACUAAAUAUUAUAUUAAUAUAUGAUGCUAUAUAUUAAAUAUUUCUAUUAUGUCCGUCUGCAAAGUCUAUUAGAAGAGUCUAUCCUGUCAACCUAUUCUUGCGACCCAUGUGGAUCUCCUCGAAUAUAUAUGUAUAUACAUAUAUGUAAGUGUGUGUAUGCAUGUAUGUAUGCAUAUAGAAUGGUCGAAAAUGAAUUUUUCAUAUUUCGAUGCUGCAAAAAAAAAUAAAAAUAAAAAAAAAAGGAGCAAAAAUUGAAAGAAAGUCGUAAAAAAAAAAAAGAAAGAAAGAAAGAAAGAAAGAAAAGAUGAUGAAAGAAACGAGCACACAAAACGAGACGUUUGAUAUCGAAAGUAUAUUAAAAAAAAAAAAAAAAAAAAGAGGAUAAACGAUUCUCUCGCUCUCUCACUUUGGACAAAGAAAUUACUAUUCGUGUAGUAUAAUUUCAAUGAUGAUUAAUCGUGCGAAGGAGCUUAUCGAAAUCUGAUCGUAUCACGCAAUUGCGCACAGAGAAUCACUUCGUUAGGAUCGUGCUAUCGUGACACUUGUACAUCUAGGUUUAUAACUUUUUGCAUCGUUGUAUUUUCUCGAGAAAGGAAUUAUACCUUUUGUCUCAUUACUUGCCAUAAAAAAUAAUUAUCAAGAACAUAUCUUUAUAAUUAAUUAAAUGAUAAUGAUUCAUACUGUUUAAAUGUUUUUUCUUUUUGUAUUAUUAAAAAAUAGGAAAUAUUUCAAGAAACAAGAUUUCAUUCAUAAAUUUUUAUUGCUUUUAUAUUGAAUAAAUCCUCUCUUUUUCAUUAAGAUUGAAAAAAAUAAUUUGAUUGGAAUGAAAGAUUGAUAAAAUAAUUUUAUUAAACGUUUGGUAAAUUGUACGUUUUGUAAAAUUAAAUUAUUUAUAAAAAGGGUUAAAAAAUGAUUAAUAUUCGAAUUUUCAUAUUGUUCUCUCAACAAUUACCAAACAAAAUGAAACAAUUUUAAAGUUAAUUUAUUUAUUACAUCUAAUGCAGCGCGAUAAUUUAACGAAAUUGUGUAUGUAUAUGUUGAAACACGCAGUGGUAUAAAUUCAUAUGAGCAAAUGUGUGUGUCUCAGCCCAUGUUGUCGAAGUAUCAAUAAAAAAGAGAUUUUGUAAAAAAA